GACUUCUGGUCUCGUUGGUUCCUCUUACUGGUCUUUUGAGCUGCAAGUAUAAGAUGCUUCCCCCGGCAGUCUAUAUGAUGAUCCGUGACACUUUUAAACAUGAACCCGCUAGUUUUCAUUGCCCUUCUCCCUCUUAUACAAGGGCUGAAUUUCAUUUCAUACGACGCUAGCACUGAUGGCUUCCUUGAAGCAGCGCGAGGAUGGAAUUCAUUCGCACUGCAAUCCAACCCAGAUGCAGUUGGAGGCUUCACUUAUAAUACGGACAGCGUACUUAAGCAGUGUACUACUAUGCGAGAGACUCUGGGCAAUGCUGGAUUCGAAUACUGUUCUCUUGACAGCGGCUGGAGUGUUGGAGAUCAUGGUGAUGAGCAUGGCCGACCUUAUAACGACACCAACAGUAUCGACAUCGCCAGACUUACCAGAGAGCUUGCGCCUCUAGGUGUCAAAGUCGGAGUCUAUCUACUACCGGGCGCAUUCUGCAAAGAUAUGAGCAAGACCAUUGAGGGGACCAAUAUCACCAUCGCCGAUACCAUGAGUGGAAACAAUAACGGGUUUGCGAGAUGUGACUUUGACUUCUCAAUGGACAGCAAUGGAAAGUUCACCCGAGCCGGUGUACAAGAAUGGCACAAUAGUGUCGUUCGCUUCUAUGCGCAAAGUGGUAUCUCGUUCAUCAAGCUUGACUUCAUCACCCCUGGAUCUCCAGAAGCCGGCAACUCUUCGAACCUCCCACCGGACAACUCCGGUUCAGUUCGAGCUUUUCACAAUGCCAUUCAAACCGAACUCCCAAGCCGCUCCAUGCGCUUGCACAUAUCCUGGAAGCUCGAAAGGAACGCUACCUAUCUCCCGAUAUGGAACGCCAACACAGACGCCAUGCGCACUGAUCAAGACAUCAACCAGAGCGGCGCAAAAACACUGGUCCAGUGGCAGAAAGUUCAACGCGCGAUUGAGAACUACAGACAAUGGUACCUUGCCGCGACAGCCGGCCUGAUCGAUGCUGGAUUGGCUCUGCGCGUGCGCCCUGAUUUGGACAGCUUACUCAACGGCAACGACAAGUCGAUAUCGGGUAUCAGCGAUGUCAAGCGCCAGAGUGUCAUGACGCACUGGAUUGGAGCCGGAGCGCCACUGAUUACUGGCUCGGAUAUGCGAAACUUGGAUCAUGUCGGCAUGAACCUGUACACAAACCAGGAAGCCCUUGAUGUAGCCAAUUUUACGUCGUAUUAUCCCAUGCAGCCUGUUAAUCCUGGAGGUGGUAAUUCUCCGGCCCAGGUGCAAGCGUGGAUCGCGGGUGUGGAGAUGUCAGCACAAUGCAAGAGUGUUGUUGUACUUGCCAACUACGGCCCCGAUGAAGGUGAAGGGGGCUUUGGAACAGCGAUGAGUGGUGUACAGAAAAUGUCGGUCGAGUUUAAGCAUUUUGGUCUUGGUGGAACUUGGAAUGUCAGGGAUGUGUGGAAAGCGACCGAUCUGGGAUUAACAAUUCAUGGACCGAAGCAUGGUUGGAAUACCUGUCAGAUGUAUGGAGGGAAUGUUAGCACAAUGGUGAUCUCCUAG